AGAUUCGCCACAGCAGCGAAAUCCAUAAACACUGCCUUCACUCUUCGUCUUCUCCCUAAACCCACCAUUAAUGGCUUCCACUUGGCUCUUCUUCUACGCUGCCUUAACUCUCCUUCUCUUCCACUCAUCAGCAGCAACGACGGUGACACUGUACAACAAGUGUACGGAACCGGUAUGGCCAGGGAUCCAACCGAGCGCAGGGCAAAGGCUAAUCGCAGGAGGAGGAUUCGAGCUUCUGCGGAACAGAGACUUCAAUCUGAAGCUGCCUUCCCUGUGGUCGGGUCGUUUCUGGGGACGCCAUGGCUGCGUCUUCGACUGCACCGGACGAGGUGGCUGCGCCACCGGAGACUGCGGUGGCUCGCUUCUCUGCAACGGCCUCGGCGGUUCUCCUCCUGCCACGCUCGCCGAGUUCACUCUCGGCCACGACCUGGACUUUUAUGACGUCAGCCUCGUCGACGGGUACAACUUGGCGAUGUCGAUACAACCAUACAAAGGCAAAGGAUAGUGCAGCUACGCAGGCAGGUUGCGUGAGGGACCUAAACC